AUGCCGUCCACGAGCGAUGAAAGUCUGAUCGGAACAGAUGUCUUACAGAAUGACUUUAUGAGACCCAACAUCUCUAGUGAAAUGUCAAGUCAAUUGGAAGAUGGCAUCGCCCAGGCAAUAUUAAACAGGCCGGUUAUCCCGACCGGGUUGAGUCGCCCUGGACCUGUUCUGGUAGACAAGCUUUUUCCUCUCAGCUCGGCAGGCACCAUUUACGAUGAGAUGAUCUCGGAUUGUCCAAGAAAACAUUACAUCAGGAAGACGCUAGUCAAUCUAUCUCCACAUGAUCCCUAA